GGCAUGAGCACAGUGUGGUCGGGGCUGGUGGGGGGGUGGGCCGGUGGCCCAGGUGGCCCUAGGACCCCCCCACCAUGGAAAACCAGCUCUACUAUGACAGCCUGGGGUCUUACACUCAAUGCCAGGAAGCCCUCCUGGGUGUCGAGGACUUACUCUUCCUGCUGCUGGGACUCGUCAUUCUUGUCAACAUUGGGAUCAACGUGGUAACUGUGAUGUGGCACCGACUCAAGAACGCCUUAGACAAGAUGAUACAUUGGAUCAAUCUGAAAAAUGGAAGCUGUCAGGCUUGUGAAAGUCCCCCCAAAGACGCCCCGGGCAAGCCCCAAGAUGUCCACAUUCACUGCACCCUGGACCCUGUAGAAGUGAAGACGGCCUGGCCCCCCGGCCACUGCUCUUCCCACUGCCGUCCCCGCUGCCACCGCCGCCCCCGGCCCCCGGGCCACCACCGUCCCCCCUGCAGCCACCAGUGGGGACCGAAGAGCCGUCGGCAUUUCCCCCACAACCACUCAGUCUUCCGUAGCCACGGGCACAGCCACAAGGUGUCCCAGCUGGGACCGGCGCCCUCCUUUAAUGAGGACAACCUCGCCUCCAGCCUGGAGGAGGAUGCCCUGUCCUUCCCGCGCCCCAAGUACCUACGCUGGGGCUGGGGAAGCCUCUACCAGCCGGUGGGCCCGCCCUCCAGCUUGGGCCUGUGGGGCCGCCAGGGCGGGGUCCUGGCCAGUCUGCCACCACCCUCUCUCUACCUGUCCCCUGAGCUGCGCUGCGUGCCCAAGCGCGUGGAGGCCAAGUCGAAGCUGAGGCUGCCAUCUCACAGGCCCCGGUCCCGAACCUGGGGCAAUCUGGAGGCCGAGCGGCGGACCCCAUCUUCACCGCCCCUCCGCCAGCUGCCUCCCGAUCCCUCCUGGGUCCCCGUGGGGCACAGCCCUUACCCUUCGGGGGCCCAAAUGCUCCAUGACUCCUGGGACCAGCAGCGGCGCGGUCUGGAGGGCUCCGAGCCGCCCUCGGCCCUGGUGCCCGGGGGCUCCCGGCCUGAGGCCCAGGAGCACGGCUCUCCGCAAGCCCACCGGCGUUGCCUCCCUGGUCACACGUGCAGCCAGCCCAACCGCAGCCCCCACCCGUCCGCGGGGCACUUGGGCUUCAGCUCCCGGGACCCCCAUGAGGUUCGGCGCCGGACAACCAAACGGACCCAGCCGGUGCCCACCUGGCACCCUCUGACCACCACAUCCCUCACCGUGUUGGGUGAGGCCUCCCAGCAACAGGCUCCGGCUCCCAGCUCAGCCCAGCCCGAAGUCCAGACUGCAGCCCAGCCCACCUUCAUGCCGCUCAGCCGGAACCCAGGGGGCUAUGGCCGGUACCAGGUGUAUGACAGCCUGGAGCUGAAGCGGCAGGUCCAGGAGAGCAGAGCGCGGGCCAGCUCCCUGCCUCCCACCUCCACCUUGGCCUCACGGCCCUCCCUGCACAGGAUCCGGAACGGGAAAGUCCACUGACCAACGGCCAACGCGGCUGGUGGGUGGGGGGGGAUGGAGAGAGCAAUAAAGAGCGACAAAGUCCAGGAAA